GAGCUGACCAGGAGAUGGUGGGGUGAGAGCUUUUCUAUCAGAAAUAAAUGUCAUGGGGCACAAAUAAAUAGGAAGGGCUUAAGGCUCACAGCUACUUGGAGGCUCCCGAAGGAGGCUGCCUGUCCCCCAUGUACAGAGCCCCAGAGGAUACAGUUGAGAAGUGAAGAAUCACAAGCCCUGUAACAUGAGUGUGGUCCAAUCCUCAGGCAAGCAGCAAUACAGAACCACAGGACAAUGAGGACACCACCCUGCCCAUAGCUUCCUGUGCAGACACCUAAAGUGCCAAAAUGGACAAGCAAGAAACACUUAGCUGGGGGCUGCCCUACAUGGCCCUGGUGGCUCUCUGCUGGACACACGGGGCAACAGAGGCAGAAGAAACUGUCCCUCUGAAAACUCUGCAGUGCUACAACGACUACACCAAACAGAUCAUCUGCAGCUGGGCUGACACGGAGGAUGCCCAGGGAAUCAUUAACAUGACCCUCUAUCACCAGCAAGAGAAAAAACAACCAGUGUCCUGUGAACUCAGUAAGGACCUCCUAUGGUCAGAGUGCCCGUCAUCCCACCGCUGUGUGCCCAGAAGAUGUAACAUCUCCCAUACAAGUUUUUCCAUCACAAGUGAAGACUACUACUUCUUCCAGCCAGAUCGUGAUCUGGGUAUCCAGCUCAUGCUUCCACUGGCCCAGCAUGUGCAGCCACCGCCUCCCAAGGACAUCCGCAUCAGCCCCUCUGGGGAUCACUUUCUGCUGGAGUGGAGUAUGUCACCUGGGGAUGCCCAAGUCUCCUGGCUUUCACAAGAGGACAUACAGUUUGAGGUGGCUUAUAAGCAGCUUCAGGACUCCUGGGAGGAUGCCUCCAGCCUCCACACUAGCAACUCUUGGGUCACUCUCCAGCCAAGGCUCUUCCUACCCAACAAUAUCUAUGUGGCCCGUGUGCGCACUCAGCUGUCCCCACGUUCAAGCUUGUCUGGCAGACCCAGCAGAUGGAGCCCAGAGGUACACUGGAACUCCCAGCCAGGAGACAAGGCCCAGCCACAGAAUCUUCAGUGCUUCUUUAAUGGGAUCCAGUCCCUCAACUGCUCCUGGGAGGUGUGGACCCAGAUAACUGGCUCUGUUUCCUUUGGACUCUUCUAUCGCCCCAGCCCUGAAGCUCCGGAGAAGGAAUGCUCUCCUGUGGUGAAGGAGCUGCAGACCGGCCUCUACACCCGCUACCACUGCAGUCUAACUGUGCCUGACCCCAGUGCGCACAACCGGUACACUGUCUCUGUUAAGCACCUGGUACAAGGAAAGUUAAUCAGCAGCUAUGACCACAUCCAGAUGCAGCCUCCAACCCUCAACUUGACCAAGAACAAAGACAGCUACAGCCUGCGUUGGGAAACUCAGAAAAUGUCCUACUCAUUCAUCGAACACACAUUCCAGGUCCAGUACAAGAAGAAAUCGGACAGCUGGGAGGACAGCAAGACAGAGAACCUAGAUCGUGCUCACAGCAUGGACCUCCCACAGCUGGAUCCUGCCACCACAUACUCUGCCAGGGUGAGGGUCAAGACUCUCCCAAACUACUAUGGGCCCUGGAGCGAGUGGAGCAAUGAGGCCACUUGGACGACUGACUGGGUGAUGCCCACGCUGUGGACAGUCCUCAUCCUGGUCGUUCUCAUGCUCAUCUUGCUCCUGGCCCUCCGCUUUGGCUGUGUGUAUGGGUACAGGCUGUACAGGAAGUGGAAGGAGAAAAUCCCCAACCCCAGCAAGAGCCUCCUGUUCCAGGAUGGAGGUAAAGGGCUCUGGCCCCCUGGCAGCAUGGCAGCCUUCGAAACUAAGAACCCCACUGCCCAGGGACCACAGAGCGACCUUUUCACUGAGCAACUUGGGGUGUCAUAUACACAUUUGGAGGACAACGAAGUAUCACCUCUCACCAUAGAGGACCCUAACAUGGUUCGAGAUCCACCAUCUGGGCCUGAUACAACCCCAGCCGCCUCAUCUGAACCAACAGAGCAGCCUUCCCAUGUUCAAGGAAACCCACCAACUCCUUCUGGCAGAACUAAGAAGCAAAUACCCAGCUUUGACUUCAAUGGCCCCUACUUGGGGCCUCCCCAAUCCCACUCCCUGCCUGAUCUCCCAGGCCAGCUGGUUUCCUCCCAGGUGGGUGGGAGCCUGAAGCCAGCACUGCCAGGCUCCUUGGAGUACAUGUGUCUGCCCCCUGGAGGACAAGUGCAAUUGGUCCCAUUGUCCCAGGUGAUGGGGCAGGGGCAGGCUGUGAACUGGCAGUGUGGGUCCAGCCUGGAGACCACAGGGAGCCCUUCCAUGGAACCAAAGGAGAGCCCUCUAGUUGAGCUGAGUGUAGAGGAACAGGAGCCAAGGGACAACCCAGUGACUCUGCUCAUAUACUCUGGGGGCCAUGAGGACAGUAUGAUGGCCUCUGAUUAUGUCACUCCUGCAGAUCUGGUCCUCACUCUGCCCAUAGAGCCCCUGUCUACCUCUCUGGGCCCCUCUCUAGGGUUCCCCUCAGCCCAAAGCCCCAGUCUCUGUCUUGAGCUGCCCAGGGUCCCCUCUGGAAGCCCAGCUCUUGGGCCACCAGAGUUUGAGGACUAUGUGGAACUCCCUCCAAUCAUGAGCCACCCUGCCAAGUCCCCUCCUGGCAAUCCUGCCCCUCCUGUGGCAAGUAGCCCCACAGUGAGCCCAGGAGAACCCAGGGAGGAAGUAGACUCAGCAUCCCCAAACACUGAAGGCCUCCUUGUUCUUCAGCAAAUUGGGGACUACUGCUUCCUCCCUGGCCUGGGACCUGGCUCCCUCUCACCACACAGUAAGCCACCCUCUCCAGGCCUGUGCCCUGAGACUGAGGACCUAGACCAGGACUUAUCUCUCAAAAAACUUCCCUACCAACCCAUGCCCCAGGUGCCAGCUAUUCAGUUUUUUAAGUCCCUGAAGCAUCAGGACUACCUGUCACUGCCCCCUUGGGACAAUAGCCAGUCUGGGAAGGUGUGCUGAGUCUGCCCCCUCCCAAUCUCACCAGCAGCCUUGUGCCUCAGCCUGUGGACCUCAGCUGACCAUCACCACAGAACCAUCACUGAGAUGCGUGUUCUUCCUUGCUCUCUGCCCUGACACAGCAAUACCCCACCUGUGCUCUCCUCUCACCCCCUCUCCUUUUUUCUUCUUUCCAUGUCUCCUUCCCUCCAUCUCUCUCUUCAGUUUCCUGUCUUCUAUAGGAUCUUCCUUUCCUUCCCUCUGACUUGUUGGAGUGGGGAUGAGGCCUCUGAGGAUGAGGCCUG